CUUGACCUGGCUGAUCCAGGCAACCCUUUUCAUGCUCCAAUGAUUUCCUAGGUGAGGGUUAGCAUAGAGAACAAGAAAAAUAUAAAAAGAAAUACUUUUAAAAAAUACAAAGCUUAUAAAGAUAAAAGGACUGAACAUUUACAGCCAUAUCUCUCAAUACUUUAAUAUUUUUCCCUUUUCUUGAUCAAACAAAAUUAAUCUAUAACCACUAAUUAAUUUAUUAAUUGGUUAAGUUUUUGAUGGAUUCAUGUUAUGUUAGGGACAAUGAAUAAUUGUGCAAAGUUACUACUUGAUCUAAAAAUAGGAAGUGGGAGAAUGUACAAAAUGUGUACCAGACAGACAGUCGGAGUGAGUUUUUUAGAAGCUUUCUUAUAAGAGUCGUAUAAUGAUCUAGAUCUAGUUUUUAUAUAUGAGUUUUCAAAAUAGAUUCCAAUUUUAGACGUUAGACAAAUGCAUUCCUGCAUUUCCGUCAACAUUUUUUCAAUUUCUAUAUAAAUAAGUUUCUGGCGUCACUUCCAAAGAUAUGGUUAUUACACCCUAGUGCAAACUUUCUUCAGGGUGGCUGGGAAUGGAAGUGGGCAAGGUUUGAACUCGGGACCAUCGGGGCAGUCCGAAGCGCAUACAAGACAAUCAUUCAGUUAUUAAAAGGGUGACUGUCGGGGAGGAGAGGCUAAGAUAGUCCCGACAGAGGGUGGGGAGACCAGAAGUGUAACCAAAAAAAAAAAAUUUUGCAAAAAGCCAACGUUUGUUUUACAAAAUGGCGGUAACAACUAGACGUAAAACGCUAAUGCAAAGUAUGGUAGCGGAUUCGAGAGUAUUUCUCCGGAUCUGGAACAUGGAGAGUAUUAUGGUAGCAGUGCUGAAGCUAAAAGUGGUUCUAAUAUUUUUAGCCGUACCCAGCAACACAUGGCCCACAGACGUAGUCAAAGUUUACGCCAUUGAAGGAAAGGAAGUGGAACUCUUCUUUGACUUGGGUACGGAUGUAAACCAAGACGUGCUGAACAUCAAGCACAAGCAGCAGCUCAACUCAACUUUUGUCGACGUCAUUUCCGUGAAAGAUCUCAAAACUAUACCUGUGGCUUCUCUCUUCGAGGACUACAAGAGCAAAGUCACUGACCUACAAGUUCAGAAUAAAACCAUUACAAUGAAGUUAAGCAACGUAAACACGUCUGACGCUGGUCUUUAUCGCUGCAUCCACACAACGGACGUUGAGUUAGUCAGCUGUGGAACCUUACUUAUAGUUGUUGCAAAACCUCCACCACCUGAUUUGAAGAUUGUGAGUGGACUGGACAGUGACCAGAGAAUCCCGUUAGGGUCUAAUGUUACGCUGAACUGCUUCUACCGUUCACGGACCAGCCCGGCUGACAUCCCUCGUUGUUACAAGACGAAAUUUUAUGAUGAAAGAAAUCGAGGUCUUCCAGUUCCUGAGGGUUUUAAAUUUGGCUACACUAACUUGACUCAACUUGUUGUCAGAAACAUCCAGAAGUCUGACAACAUUUCCAUAACAUGCAAGGCAGCAGAUAUUUUAGAGAACUUUAAUGGGACCAUACUCUAUUCUGAGCCGAGUCUCAAGGUUGAUAUCACCCCCACAUACGGUCCUGAUGAAGGUUCCAUCAAGUUUGAUCCCCCUGAAACAAGUGUAACUAAGGACGAACAUGAUCUGCUGGUGUACACUUGUGAUGCAGAUUGUCGACCACCAUGUACUGUUAGCUGGCACCUAGUUCAGCGAAACGGUUCCGCCCUUGAACUCAUCACCUCAACCAAUACGCUGAAGCUCAACGUAUCCAGACUCUACCACGGAACAUUGAAAUGUGUCGCCUCAGCUAAGACCGCCAUUGCCUCUAGAUCGCACAAUGUCUCUAAAGAGUUGCAGCUUGUUGUACAAUACGUGGAGUCCCCCAAGGUGACGGUAGAUUCCUUGGAGACCAAUCAAGUUGAAAUGAUGGAAGAAAGUGUUGGAACACUGACUUGUCAAGUAAACGCCCUACCAGCUCCAAACAUAACCUUGAGAACUUUAGACAACGACCUGAUGACAGUGGAGGGCAGAAAUCCUACAGUCACCGUGUCUGAAAGGGGCUACACUAAUCACCGAUACACAGCUAGUACCACUUUCAAAGCCCCCAACUGCACAUCGCGUAUGAUAUUGACUUGUACUGUGACUCACAAUCUCGCCAGAGUGCAGGGAAAUCAAAUUAUAUUGAAGUUAUUAUGCCCUCCCAGGAGAGCAACGAUCGAAGGAUUGGAACUCCUGGAUGAUUAUGAAUAUUACAAAGGUGAUCAAUUGAAUUUCUCGUUUGUACUCAUCGCUAUUCCUGAUCCAGAUGUAUACAAUGUGACCUCUGAACUUAAUGGGAGUUUCAAAAUAGAGCAAAUGCCAUCAGACGUUGAAAUUUCCAAAGAGACCAACUACGAAGGCAAUUCUGCUCAGAUAAAGUACACGUUCGUCUGCCACAGAGUGUUGACGUCUGCUGACUCUGGCACUAAUUUUACUCUCCAUUUCAAGUCUGAUCAUUUCACGAACCAGUUCAGCUUUUCGGUGUGGGCUACAGAGAUAACCGCAUUAACUACAAUAUCGAUAACCAUAGAUACUGUCGAUGUCACCUCACCAACGACUUACGUAGAGUACAAGACAAAGCCUCCCAAGAAGAAGAGUAAGCCCACGUAUGUAGAGACGACAUUCAACACGAUAUGGAUCGUCAUCAUUGUCUUAGUCGUGACGGUUUUGACCGCUCUGGUCACCCCUGUGACUUACAUUAUCUACAAGAUAAAACAGGGUGCUAAGCAAUCGUCUUUCUUUAUCACGAGACUGUCUGAAGUGACAAAGUCUUCGCAUGAAUUACCAAGUAAACCUUUUCAUGCCAGUGAAACAAGUCUUUAGGUGACAAGCGGAUGCUGACAAAUCUUUGAUUAGUACGGACUUUGGAGCCAUCUUACAGUUUUCACAGAUGAUGGUCCAUGACUGACAGAGUGGGACAUGAAGGAGAUUGCUGUUAAAGAUUAAACAUCCGAGAAAAACAAAACAAAUCAAGGCUUCCUGGUUAUAAAUUUGUUUCACUUGUGUGUAUCUGUGUGUUAUUAUGUAAAUACAUAUUUAGUAUCUAAACCAGUGAUUCCCAAAGUGGUCUAUAUAGACCCCCAGGGGUCUACGAAGACUUUCAAGGGGUCUACAAGUGUGAAAAAAUAAAUUGGGGGUCUAUGAGAUGUCCAUGGGGGUCUACGAUAAUAGAUUUCAUUUAAAAAGAUCGUGACUUAAAAUAAUUUUUACAUCCCAUUUAUGUAAUUCUUUCCUACAUUAAUCUAUGAUUUGUUCCUUUGUUAAUCUUUUAAAUAUUUAUACUGCUAUUCCAACUAAAAACUAUUGUAUUUAAUUUCAACACUUAUUUAAAUACCUUGAUUUUGUCUACAUGUAACUAAUGUUUAACAAAAAGAAAUGUAAUUUUAAAGAUUGGAUUAUUUAAAAUGUUUAAUUCCUUCCUUAUCAAACAAACUGUUGCCUGAGUUUUUUAUGAUGAUAUGAAACCAAUUACGCUGGAGGAUCAUCCAAGACAAUGCCACACUGACAAAAAUAGAUAUCAAGAUUUGAAAAACUUUCGAACACUCAACGAUUUUAAGUUCAGAAUUAGACCCACAAAAUCUCAGUUCGACAUCCUAUAGAGAAGUUGAUGGUUUGUGAGCAUCUUACAAUAGCUCUUUGAUCAUCAUUAACAUCUCUUUACUUAUAGCAAAAUAUGUAAAACAGUAUAGAUAAAAACAUUAAUUUUACCAGCCAUUGUUGUUUUAAAAACUGUUUAACACAAACCUACAUCUGAUAGUAUUAAAAGAAUUUCUUUAAGCAACAAUACAUUUCAAGGUCACUUUGUGCUAAAUGAGUUAUAACAUUAAAAACUUCUUAAAUAACUCUUUGGAAAACGCCAUAUCUACAGUUUGGGAACUGCGGCGUCAUAGGUUCUGACAGGGUGUAGCGCUGAGUGCUGUAAACUGCCUAAGGGUCGUCUGCUCCUUAGUUUUCCUCAGGGUUGACCCACAAAACCUUUCCUAUGUUUAGGUUUAGUUGCAAGGCAGCAGACGUUUGAAGUCAGUUUUCCUUUUGCUAGGUGGGUAGCUAGCUAAGACUAAUGAACCUUUCCUGCUCGAAGCUGACAGGCGACAGUUACUCGCCUUCGCCCCUUCUCCUGUUUGUGAAAAAAAUUGUGAAAAAAGCUCCGCAGACCCAAUAUUUGAGCCACACGUUAAAGAUCAAGAAAUAGACGUGAAACUGAUCUUUGUGAAAACUUUUACAAAUUAAUUAAUGAAUUACUUAAUAUUUAAGUUUUGAAGGACUACUUCAUAGAACAACAAAUUCCUAUAUGAAACAUAAUAUCCAUAGCAACGGAUGAUACACCCACAAAAAGAAAAAAAUAUUUAAUUGGUUUAAAUUUGAUUUUUUUUUUCAAUAAAAACGUUAUAUCUCUAACUACA